GUUGUUAGAUGAUCUGUUGUUAUAACCACUCCCCGGUGAUAUUCAACAUGUUAUGUGGUGGAAUUGAUAUUGGGUUCAACGUGAGGCUGGGUGAUGGUCCUGGUGAACUUCACCAAUUCCGGCGGCCGAGUCUGGCACUGGCUAUAGUCUACCUUCCUCGCGAGUCUCCUCCCACAAAUUUCCCAACAAUCAAUCUACUAACUACUCCCAAUCUCCAACCGACUCGGACGGCUCCCGCAGAUUCCACAACAGUCAUACUAAAUACUUCAAGUUGCUUGUCGUGCCACAGCGCGGCCUUCCGAAUAACCAGAAUGAGCUCGGAGCCGUGCGGUAAGUUUCUGUGUUCUUUUUAUAUAUUUCACUCCCAUAUCUUGAUACCGAUUGUGCUCACUUUAUGUGAUUACCGGCCGUCUUGAUCUCUAUAACUGCCGUAUCUGCUGUCCAUGGAAAUACUGCCAAGUGUUCCCGCACACUUGCUGCGACACGAUUCGCAGUGUGAAAAGCGGAUAUGUAUCAUUGGAGCGGGACCCGGAGGUCUUGCUGCUCUAAAAGUCAUAUCAGAGUCCGCUUUCUUCAAGUCAGGGAAAUGGUCGGUCAUCGCGUAUGAGACCCGGGAAAAGGUUGGGGGAGUAUGGCUACCUGCCCCGCCGGUUGCUGACCCCUACAAUGCUCCCAUGACGCCUCUUUACGAUUCAUUGACCACGAAUUUGCCUCAUCCUACAAUGGCCUAUACCAGCUAUUCCUUUCCGCCAGAAACUCCUUUGUUUCCGUCAGCACAUGUAGUGCAAACGUAUCUCGAGUCGUAUGCUGCAUACUUUAAUCUUAUGUCCCUCAUCAAGUUCGACACCACGGUAUUAGAUGCACGAUGGGAGUCAACGCAGUGGACAGUAACCCUUUCGAAUGGCGGACACUUUGCAUAUGACCACUUGAUCGUCGCAAAUGGACAUUAUCACUUACCCCGCAUACCAGAAGUGCCAGGGUUGGCAGAUUGGAUGGAGAAUGGUAGAGCUUCUCACUCUGCAUGGUAUAGAAAACCUGAUUUUCUGGGGGAUAAAAUACUCGUUGUUGGAGGUGGACCCAGCGGUCAGGACAUCGUUGCUUCGAUGCGCACAGUUUCCUCAGUUGUUGUUCAUUCUGUCGCUGCCCCUGACACACCGGCGAACGACGCUGGAAACCUUAUCCAGAGAGGUCGGCUUAUCGAACUCAAGGCUAACGGACAAGUAGUUUUUGACGAUGGCACGACGGAAGAUAAUAUCGACCAUUGUAUUCUGGCAACCGGAUACCAUAUGCAUUUCCCCUUCUUGGAGGGAGCAUCCAUGAUCAACAAGAACAUACCACCGGACUUCCCUCCAUUACCUCCCGGCGAGCUUUUCAACUCAACCUACCACGUGUUUCCCCUUGCAAAGCAUUUAUUCCCGCUUCAAGCUCAAUAUCCUAUCUCGUCCAUCGCCUUCAUGGGCCUCCUCAUAAGGGUCGCGCCGUUCCCACUCAUGGAGGCUCAAGCGUAUGCGAUUAUGCGAGUGUUUUCCGACCCUUCAUCUCUAGAUCCUGUCACAGAAACUGUCGAUAUCAUCACUCGCGCUGACAAGAUUAGGCACGCUGGUGCUUCAACACCUCUAGACAUCGCCAAAGCCUGGUUCCGAUUCGACAGGGAAGACCAAUGGAAUUAUCGAGACGCGUUGUAUCAAUUUGCGCAGGGCAUGGGGUCUGGGACUACCGCUUAUCAAAGACUAUACGAUCUGAAAACGGAAUUGAGGUCGGGAUGGGAAGAUUUGGAGAAUUCGGGGGAUUCGAGUGAGUGGUUGAGAGACGUCGGGAAGAAUGGGGUGCAGGAUUGGGUAGGGUUGAUGUAUCGUGUGGCAGAAUAUGCCAGGCGUCGAAAGAACUUGUUGGAAAAUUUGUGAACACAGCGCAGUGCGACACGCCUCUCGUGUGCAAACCAACACAUCACUAGUAGUAGUUCGACAUACUAGUGUUGUCGUAAAGGAAUGUAUCCCUGACCUAGAUCGCAUUACUACUAUCAGCCUCCGGCCCGCCCCUGUCGGAAUAUUAAUGACACUUGACCUAAUGCCUGUCUCAGAGUAAACAGCAUGAGUCCCCAAAGCCCAGCAUGCCAACUCAGCGGUACACAACUCGUUCAUGGUGAUCACGG